AUAAUGGAUGCACAAAAUCACUCCGCAGUGACUCGUUUCUUCCUUGAGGGACUAACAGAUGACCCAAGGUUCCAGCUCCCCUUGUUCAUUCUUUUCUUUCUUAUCUAUUCAGCCAGUGUAGUAGGAAACUUGGGCGUGAUUCUAUUGAUUGUACUGAAUAAUCACCUUCACACCCCAAUGUACUAUUUCAUUAGAAACUUGUCCUUCAUUGAUCUCUGUCAUUCUACUGCCAUUACCCCUAAAAUGCUAGUGAGCUUUGUGUCAGGAAAAAAUGCCAUCUCUUAUAAGGAGUGCAUGGCUCAGCUCUAUUUCUUUCUCAUUUUUGCUAUUGCUGAAUGCCACAUGUUGUCAGUGAUGGCAUAUGAUCGCUAUGUUGCCAUUUGCAGUCCCCUUCUUUAUAAUGUUCUAAUGAACUAUCAAGUUUGCUCCAAGCUCAUGGCAGGGGUGUACUUUCUGGCAAUUGCUGGCUCCACAAUUCAUGUUGGUUUUAUGCAGAAGCUGUUGUUUUGCAAAGCUGAUCUCAUCAACCAUUACUUCUGUGAUCUUCUUCCCCUCCUGAGCCUCUCCUGCUCCAACACCUAUGUAAAUGAACUUUUGGUCUUAUACUUAAGUGCAUUUAACAUCCUCAUUCCAACUCUGACUAUCCUUACCUCCUAUAUCUUCAUCCUAAUCAGCAUCCUUCACAUUCGUUCCACUGAGGGUAGGUUCAAGGCCUUUACCACCUGUAGCUCCCACAUUGCCGCUGUUACCCUCACUUUUGGCUCUGCCAUUGUUGUAUACCUGCAGCCAUCAUCAGUUCACUCUUUAGCUCAGGGUAAAGUGUCCUCUAUAUUUUAUACUACAGUAUUGCCUAUGCUGAACCCCCUGAUCUAUAGCUUAAGGAAUAAAGAUGUCAAAACUGCCCUGAGGAGAAGUUUUAGGAAAAUAGGUUUCUCAUGGGGAAAAAUGAUUAAAUAG